AUAGUUCGGUUUCUUUUUGCCUUUUUUAUUAUUCUUUUGUUUCUUUGCGUCCCAUCUCCCAAUUUUCAUUUUGUCGUCUCCUUCCCCAACGAUCCCAUCAGACCGUUCCUCUUCUCCUCCUCCUCGUCUUCUUCUUCUUCCUUGUCUUCAGAUGGACUUCGAUAUCAAGAACAAUGCGCAGUAUCCACUGUACAGGACCAUCUCGUCUACAUCGUCUUCAGCACCUCAGUCACCGAUGUACAGACACUCUGUGUACCCCAAGGUGGCGGCUCAGCCACAUGCCUCCGCUACCCAUCCCUCCCCCUAUCACCAGACCGCUCAUCCUCCUUCUACCUCAUCCUCAGCAGGAUUGGGCGUCAGGGUUGCUAUAUUGCCAGAGUACAGGAUACCUCCUCCGAAUGUGUCUGAUUCUCCUUAUAGCCCCGUCUUUCUCCACAAAUUGGAGAGAGAAGUCAAAGCAGCUUCCAGUUUGACUUUGACUUUGAGAGAAAAAUUUGAGCUUAGGCAGAGAAAGAAAGCGAGAACUGGAGCAGGCUUGCCAUGGAAGAUCUUCCAUCACGAACCACCAAGCCAACUCAAUCAGGUCGUGGUGGCAAUCCAGUUGUUAGUAAAUACAUUGCAUCCGGGCUUAGUCCUGAAGCUGUUUCUUUGGCAGUUGCAAAUUACAGGGACACUCCUGUGAAGGUUCGGGAAUUCGUAAGUGGGUAACACUCUUUUGCGGAAAAUGGGGUUUUCGUCUAGUGGUGUUGCGGAAGUCUUGGUCACAUAUGAUAACGACUCUGAAAAAGCAUUGGCUCAUUUCCUCAAUGAUCCAUCUUGAUGCUACCUGAUGAUAUUCAAGAUCGUAUAUUGCAGAAGCGAUCUUUCCUUUUCAGUCUGCAUUUUCUUGUUGUGUAGUCUUCUAUGCGUGAUGAGGUUUGUCAAAAUACAGGUUGACAUUAAUAUACAUCAUGUGAAAAUGGAUCUGAUGGUGAAAAAGAUGUCUAAUGGCUGGGACAUGAUUAAAACAUUGUCUAAUUGCUUUCGU